UCCGCGUCGACCACGUCCAGCGGAGACGGGAACAAGAUGGCGAUCCCGGGCAGGCAGUAUGGGCUUAUUUUGCCAAAGAAAACACCGCCGUUGCACCGAGUUUUAAAAAAACCGUCAGUGUUUGGGAGUGAUUCUGAUGAUGAUGAGACUUCUGUGAGCGAAAGCCUUCAGAGGGAAGCUGCUAAGAAGCAGGCCAUGAAACAGACCAAAUUGGAGAUUCAGAAAGCUCUUGCAGAAGACUCCACUGUGUAUGAGUAUGACAGCGUUUAUGAUGAGAUACAGAAAAAGAAGGAAGAAAACAACCCCAAGCUGCCUCCGGGGAAGGAUCGGAAGCCCAAAUAUAUUCACAACUUACUAAAAGCAGUCGAGAUCAGGAAAAAGGAGCAGGAAAAGAGAAUGGAAAAGAAAAUACAGAGAGAACGAGAGAUGGAAAACGGAGAAUUUGAUGAUAAAGAGGCAUUUGUGACAUCUGCUUAUAAAAAGAAACUUGAAGAGAGAGCUGAAGAGGAGGAACGAGAAAAGAGGGCAGCUGCUCUGGAAGCACAUUUGGAUGUGACCAAGCAGAAAGAUCUCAGUGGAUUUUAUCGGCAUCUAUUAAAUCAAGCAGUUGGUGAGGAGGCAGUUCCUAAAUCCAGCUUUCGUGAAGCCAGGACUGUAAUAAAAGAAGAGAAGCUCAGGGGUUACCCUGAUGAAACAAAUUCAGAGAGCAGACCACCACAGCAGAACUGCAUUCUACAAAGGGGUGCAGAGGAAGCGGAGGGAAACCCAGAUGCUGACAGUGAUUUUGACGAUGAGAGCAGUGAGGAUGGUGAAAGGGGAGACCAUAAGGUCAGGUCCAGAGGAGAAGACACCGGCGCCUCCAUGAAACACCCGAAGCAUCACUCACGAUCAUCUAGUGAGGAAAGGGGGCUCGGGACCAAGCACCACUCACGAGGUUCCCAGUCAAGAGGACAUGAGCACCAGGACAGGCAGUCUAGAGACCAAGAGAGCUGUCACAAGGACCGCAGCCACCGGGAAGAAAAGAGUUCUCAUAGGCACAGAGAGGCCAGUCAUAAAGAUCACUACUGGAAGAAGCAUGGACAAGAAGAUAAACUGAAGGGACGAGAACAGGGAGAAAGACAGGACAGAGAAGGGAAGAGGGAGAAAUAUUCCUCAAGGGAACAAGAAAGAGAUAGACAACGGAAUGAUCACGACCGAUACAGUGAGAAAGAAAAGAAAAGCAAAGAAAAAGAAGAGCACACGAAAGCAAGGAGGGAAAGAUGUGAAGACAGUGGUAAGCACAGAGAGAGGGAGAAGCCAGAAGGACGUGGGCAGUCUUCAGAAAGACAUCGAGACAGAAGGGAAAGCAGCCCCCGGUCUAGACCAAAGGACGACCUUGACCAGGAAAGAUCCAGCAAAUUGAGAAACACGGAGAAAGACAAAGGGGAACAAGGGAAGCCCUCUCGUUCUGAAACAUCACUAGCAACAAAACACAGACUGGUAGAGGAAAGGCCAGAGAAGGGCAGUGAGCAAGAGAGGCCCCCUGAGGCUGUGAGCAAGUUUGCAAAACGGAGCAAUGAGGAAACUGUGAUGUCAGCUAGAGACAGGUAUUUGGCCAGACAGAUGGCGCGGAUAAACGCAAAGACUUAUAUUGAGAAAGAAGAUGACUAAGGAUGCCCAUAUCUGCAGUCCCUUGCAAGCACAGAGCAUUGUGACCCUUGAACUUGGUUUAAGAAAGCAUACAACUGUUCAUAGAACAACGACUAGGGAGUAUUUUUUUAAAUAUAUUUUCAAAAUUUGUUAAGUCAAAAGUCAGUUCUUUGAGUUUCAGUGCUUGUCUAGAAUUGUGAGGUGUUUCCUAAUGUAUAGCACUUUCUUGGUUGUACUCAAGAAUCCUAAGGUGUUAAAUCUUGUAGAUUCUUUGUGAGGAAAAUUGGCUUCUUGUUAUAAUGUUAAUAAAUAGCUUGUACAAAUGUUGCUUUUGAGGUUUUUGUGCUAACUAUUUAUUACCUGGGUAGAUGUUUUGCCUACAUGUAAGUCAGUGCACCAGUGUCUGCCCAGUACCCACAGAGAAGGCCAGAAGAAAGCGUUGGAUCCCUGGAACUGAAGUCAUAGAUGGCUGUGAACCGCCUUGUAGGUGCUAGGAAUUAAACCUGGGUCCUCCGUAUGGGCAGCCAGGGCUCUUAACCAUCUUUCUGGCUCUGAGGAGUUUGUUGUUGUUGUUGUUGUUGUUGUUUGUUUUUUAUUAUGUUCUGCUUCUGUCGGGGUGGGGUGGGGAUUGUUGUUAUGGGCUGUUGCCCAGGCUGUUCUAGAAAUCCUGUGCUCAAGUGAUCCUUUUGUCUCAGCCCCUCAAGUGCUAGAACUGUAGGCAGUGACCAGCCCUAGGCCCAGUUUGUCUCUUGUUACAGAAACUGUUUUGUAGAUACUAUCUUUUCAGUUAAAAUAUAUACAUUUUGGAAAUAGAGAAAAUUGUUUUAUGUUCUGAAAUCCCUGUUAAAAUGUAACAGAGAUAGAUCAUGCAUUUUUUUUUUUAAGAUUUAUUUAUUAUGUGUAAGUACACUGUAGCUGUCUUCAGACACUGCAGAAGAGGGCGUCAGAUCUCAUUACAGAUGGUUGUGAGCCACCAUGUGGUUGCUGGGAUUUGAACUCAGGACCUUCGGAGGAGCAGUCAGUGCGCUUAACCACUGAGCUAUCUCCCCAGCCCUAGAUCAUGCAUGUUUAAACUUUUUGCUCCACAGCAUACUUGGCUUAAAUAAAAAUAAAGAUAGUAAUAUGCUACUGCAUUUAAUUCAACAUUUACUUAACUGUAAAGGUAAUUUCCAGGGUAGGGACAAAGCUCAGUAGUAGAGCUCUUGCCUGGCAUGCACAAGGUCCUGGAGUUGAUGUCCAAGAUUGAAAAAGCAAUAAUUUCAUUCAUGUUCAAUUCUGGGUUUUAUUUAGAAGACAUCACUUUUUUUUUUUUGUAAGUUUGUAUUUUGCAAAUUACUAAAUUGGUGUGUAACUAAAUCUGUCAGCUGAGAAUGAAAAAAGUUUUAUAUACUCCAGCAAGGAGACUGAAGCUUGUUAAAACUCUCUAUGUUCAAAUAAAACUAGUUUCUGAGCUAAGUCAUUGGAA